GCCUUCUUCACAAGGGUUCUCUAACUGACAGCCGGGGCCGGUAGCUAAGCGAGUUAGCCUAACCGCUUAGAGGAGUUCUCAAGGUUUCACAGCUAGAAUUGAGCCUGUAAACCUGUAUUCCUUCGAGAACUACGUAUUUAUGGUAGAGUGUGGUUUCCCCGUCUCACGUUAGUGAACGUCAGCUGAAAUAAGGUCCUCCCUGAAUAACUGACUUCGCAGUGUGUGGCUAGCUAGCAAAGAAGAGGGUGGGGACAAAAAACUUCUAAAACCUCGCCCAGCGUUUGCUUCAUUCCGGCAGGCACCUACUACGUUGGCGGUGUGAAAGUUCCACACCACGACACCAGGUAACAGUUAAUUAUUCAACGGGAGACGGACACAGCUGUGUCGACUGAGGGCAGAAAUCCGCAAUCAUGUUCCGAAAAAACUUGAAGAAGGACCCCGAGCUGUUCCAGAACGUGUCGGAGGGGCUGCGGCGGCUCUACCGGACCAAACUGUUCCCCCUGGAGGACACGUAUCGAUUCCACGACUUCCACUCCCCUGCGCUCGAAGAUGCCGACUUCGACAACAAACCCAUGGUCCUCCUGGUGGGCCAGUACUCCACCGGCAAGACCACCUUCAUCCGCCACCUCAUGGAACAGGACUUCCCCGGUAUGCGGAUUGGCCCCGAGCCGACCACGGACUCUUUCAUCGCUGUGAUGCACGGGGAACAGGACGGGGUGAUCCCCGGUAACGCUCUGGUGGUCGACCCCAAGAAGCCAUUCCGCAAACUCAACGCCUUCGGCAACGCGUUUCUGAACAGGUUCAUGUGUGCCCAGAUGCCUAACCCCGUCCUGGAGAGCAUCAGUAUCAUCGACACUCCUGGAAUUCUGUCUGGGGAGAAGCAGAGGAUAAGCAGAGGUUACGACUUUGCCGCAGUGCUGGAGUGGUUUGCGGAGCGCGUGGACCGCAUCAUCCUCCUGUUCGACGCCCACAAGUUGGACAUCUCUGACGAGUUCUCCGAGGUCAUCCGCGCUCUCAAAAACCACGAGGACAAAAUGCGCGUGGUGCUGAACAAGGCGGACCAGAUCAGCACCCAGCAGCUGAUGAGGGUCUACGGAGCACUGAUGUGGUCUUUAGGAAAAAUCAUCAACACACCUGAGGUGGUGCGCGUGUACAUCGGAUCGUUCUGGGCUCAGCCCCUGUUGGUCCCAGACAACAGGAAGCUGUUUGAGGCAGAGGAGCAGGACCUGUUCUUGGACAUCCAGUCGCUGCCACGUAAUGCAGCUCUACGCAAACUCAAUGACCUCAUCAAACGAGCCCGGCUCGCCAAGGUACAGGCCUACAUUAUCAGCUCUCUAAAGAAAGAUAUGCCGGCUGUGUUUGGGAAGGAAUCCAAGAAGAAGGAACUGAUAGCCAACCUGGGGGAGAUCUACCACAGGAUUGAAAAGGAGCACCAGAUCUCCCCUGGAGAUUUCCCCAAACUCACAAAGAUGCAGGAGCAAUUGAACGGCCAGGACUUCACUAAGUUUGCAGUAUUGAAGCCCAAGCUGUUGGAGGCCGUGGAGGACAUGCUGGCUAACGACAUUGCUCGCCUCAUGGCCAUGGUGCGCCAGGAGGAGGCUUCCAUGCCCAGCCAGUCUGUCAAGGGUGGAGCUUUCGAGGGAACCAGGAAUGGGCCCUUCGGUCAUGGCUACGGCGAGGGGGCCAGCGAAGGCAUCGACGAGCUGGAGUGGGUGGUGGGUCGCGACAAGCCCACGUACGACGAGAUCUUCUACACCCUCUCUCCAAUCAACGGCAAAGUGUCCGGCGCCGCAGCCAAGAAGGAGAUGCUGAAGUCCAAGCUGCCCAACACGGUCUUGGGAAAAAUCUGGAAGCUGGCGGACGUGGAUAAAGACGGCCUUCUCGAUGACGAGGAGUUUGCCCUGGCCAACCACCUGAUCAAAGUGAAGCUGGAGGGCCACGAGCUGCCGCCAACGCUCCCGGGACACCUCGUGCCCCCCUCCAAACGCGGGAUGGUCACGGAGGACUAGCAGGGGAGAACCGAGCGGAAGGGAGGGGGCGGCUUGGAGGCCAGCCGUGUCAACGCUUUGCAUCAUCUUCAGGACUCUUCAGACCAAAGUCCGGCCACAAGCAUGAACGCCGUCGCCCUCAUCGUGCCGUGAGCCUCCAGGCUAUUUGACACACCAUGUGAUCGCUUUCACCAGAGAGAGACUGGAGGGGUUCCGGGGGGAGGGAGGUGGGCGGGAGGGCCGUCUUUGUGCAUUAGGGGAUAAUGUUUAGUUAUGUUAGAAAUCCAUUGGGGGGGGGUCAUGGACGGAUUUGUCUAUUAAGCAUUCAGUCAAUAAUAUUAUAUGUUGAUCCAAAGAAAUAUAGUUUUUUUUUUUCCAUUUGGAGAGUGAAAGAGGAAAUAAAUCAAAAUAGUUGUUAUAAUUGUUUUAUCUAUAUUUUUGUAUUUCCUGACUUAACUUUGACUCUUUCCAAAUGCUUCCCUUUUUAUUAUUUUGCCAGAUAAAUAAAAAGGAUUACUGUACCAUCUGA